AUGAUGCAGAUGAAUAAGAAAGCAUGUAAAGAAUUAUUAAUGCAAAGGAUGAUCUUUGCUAUAAUCUCAAGUAUAACAAUACAAUUCUGUCUUGUAUCUUGCUUAUUAUUAAUUACAAAUUUGAACACAAAUUAUAUGUCAUGGAUUCAAAACACAUGGAAAACUGUAACCUCCUUCCGAAUGUGGAGUUAUUUCUGCAUUCUUGCUACUGUUACAUUCUUUCAAGGAAUCAUAUGUAGUAAAAAUUAUUCAAACACUCCACCCUACUUAAAAAGUAGAUUUAUCAAAUUUUGUGGAAUAUUCACAUCUCAAAAUAUCAUAACGGGUGCUUUGUAUAUUAUCAUCGGUGGCCUCCUUGUUUGGUUACAUUUAUCAAUCAAAGGAAAUAAAUACGGUUUUUUAAUGACAGAAUGUAACAUAGUCUGUGGAACUUGUUUAAAGGAAGAACAUUAUUUUUUAUUGCUGAGUGGAUUUUGGAGUGGAUUAUAUUUCUUUUUAAAGACUAAUAUCUUCCACAUGAAAUAUUUGAAAUUUCCUAUAAUAUCCACAUCAAAGCUUUUUCGAUUUAAAGCAGGAAUAUGUUCUAUGCUUCCAUCAUUAAUGGUAGAGUGCAUAUGGCCAACUGUAUAUUAUUUAAUUGGUUAUUAUUUCUUGGGUUCUUAUUGUUGUUCUACCAUAUUGUUUUUGUCAUCUGCACAAUUAGAAAAUGAACCAUUAAGUAGCAUUCCUAGUUUGCUGAGUUUGUCAUUAAUUUUCCAAUUAUGGUUAUACCAAUUGGUAUUUAUUUUGACAAUUAACAGCAUGUAUUUAAUGUUUGAAUUAUAUUUAACAGAGUGGGUUCCUUUUGAAUUCAAACAAAGCAAUGUUCUUAAUAGUGAUGAAUUUGGAGUGACACUUCCUGAAGCAUUGUCUAUAGAUAAAGUGCCAAUAAUGCAACAUCUAGCUUAUUUAGAUUUAAUUACAAUAGCACAAAAAGAUCAGGCAAGAAGAAGUAUAUUAUUUACACUUAGUCAACCUGGUGGUCAUGCUUAUAACUGGAGUAGUGUUGUAGAAAAAUGUAUUGGUUUAAUCAAAAAAUUUGCUGAUGAUCUCAAUGAAGCAUGUGUUAAACCUCAAGAAAUACGAUUAUCUUCAUGUGCUCCAAGUUCAACAAUGACAAAUAUCAGUACAUUUCAGAAAGGAUAUAUAUAUCGUAUGCGUAAUUUAGUAAAGGAAGAAGUACAAAUUCCUACUGAAGAAAGUGAUAUAAAGAAAAAUAUUGACAAUGAACUGUUCAUCCAAAAAUUCAUAAAAACAAAAUGGAACAACUUCCUUAUAUACCUGCUUUCUAAACCACUUAUUUCUUACAUCUUUGGUGAAAUUGAGGGUGGUAAAGUAUGUUAUAUGUUAUUUAAUGGACAGACAGUAAUUUGGGCUGCAGAUGCAAUUUCAUCUUUAGCUGCAUUAUCAUUAAGUGAAGAUUCCUAUGGAAUUGCACAAAAAGAUCUACCACUUAUAAUCAAUACUUUACUUGCAUUAAAGCAAGCUCUUGAUAAAUUACAAAAAUCAAAUAUUAUGGCAAAAAAACAAGAUGGAGAUGAUAAAUUUAUUAAACAAAUGUUCUACUCUUUGCGUGCUGCAACAAAGCGAAGUCUUUAUAGAAUUGUGACAAGUUUUGAAGCUUAUAUAAAAGAUAUAGCAUUAGAAACAACAACAGUGGAACAAUUAUAUGGAUUUCUCGCUUAUAGAGAAUAAUUUUUAGGAGAAAAAUUAUGAAGAAUAAAUUUUUGUUCUUUUAU